UCGGAAGGCCGGGCUUCCAGCGCUGCGCACCGUCCCGGGUGCGGCGGCUCCAAGAGGAGACCUGAGCGCGGCGGGCCGAGCUCCCCAAUUUGUUGCCGCUGCCCCCUCCCCCUGGCGCUGCGCGGGCGGCGCCUCAAAGGGGAGGACCCUGCGGCGCGGGUAAGAGGCGGCGGGAGCGCGCAGCCAGGGAGUGUGGCCGCUGCGCGCCGGGACACCAGGGCUCCGCGCUCCGCACCCAGGGGCUCCGGCGUCCCAACACCCUGCGCCCGCGCUCUCGCCGAUCCAGGCCAAGGCUCCAGAAAGGCCGCCCGAGCCCCCGAAACCGGCGCCCAGGGAGCCCAGUGAGGGCGGCCGCGCUGCGGGUGUGCGCCGGCGGGUGCCUCUGCAAGGGCCAAUGCGCGCGGGCCGCAGCCCCUGAAGCCGAGCCCGAGGCUAAGCGGGACUGACCCGGGCCCAGAGCCGACUCACACCGCCAGCAUGGGGAGAAACCAGCUCGCGGCGGCCGGGCCUGCCCUACCGCGGUGGCUGCUGCUGGGGACCGUGACCGUGGGGUUCCUCUCCCAGAGCGUCUUGGCGGGUGUGAAGAAGUCUGACGUGCCGUGUGGCGGAAGAGAUUGCAGUGGGGGCUGCCAGUGCUUUCCUGAGAAAGGCGGACGCGGUCAGCCUGGGCCAGUGGGCCCCCAGGGGUACACCGGGCCACCAGGACUACAAGGAUUCCCGGGACUGCAGGGCCGCAAAGGAGACAAGGGUGAAAGAGGAGCCCCCGGAAUAACAGGACCCAAGGGAGACGUGGGAGCAAGAGGCGUUUCUGGAUUCCCUGGUGCCGAUGGAAUUCCUGGACACCCAGGGCAAGGUGGACCCAGGGGAAGGCCCGGCUACGAUGGCUGCAACGGAACCCAGGGAGACUCAGGUCCACAGGGGCCCCCCGGCUCUGAGGGGUUCACCGGGCCUCCCGGGCCCCAAGGACCCAAAGGGCAGAAAGGUGAGCCCUACGCACUGCCUAAAGAGGAGCGCGACAGAUACCGGGGUGAACCUGGAGAGCCUGGGUUGGUUGGUUUCCAGGGACCUCCCGGCCGCCCUGGGCCUGUGGGACAGAUGGGUCCAGUCGGAGCUCCAGGGAGACCAGGACCACCUGGACCCCCUGGACCAAAAGGACAGCAAGGCAACAGAGGACUUGGCUUCUACGGAGUUAAGGGUGAAAAGGGUGACGUAGGGCAGCCAGGACCCAACGGGAUUCCAUCAGAAACCCACCCCAUCGUCGCGCCCACAGGAGCCACCUACGACCGAGAACAGUACAAGGGUCAAAAAGGCGUCGAGGGGGAACCGGGAAUAAAAGGCAUUUCCUUGAAGGGAGAAGAAGGAAUCAUGGGCUUUCCUGGACCAAGGGGUUACCCUGGCUUGAGUGGUGAAAAGGGAUCGCCAGGACAGAAGGGAAGCCGAGGCCUGGAUGGUUAUCAAGGCUCUGAUGGGCCCCGGGGCCCCAAGGGAGAAACCGGAGACCCAGGACCCCCGGGCCUGCCUGCCUACUCCCCUCACCCUUCCCUAGCAAAAGGUGCCAGAGGUGACCCAGGAUUUCCAGGGGCCCGAGGGGAGCCAGGAAGCCAGGGUGAACCAGGAGACCCGGGCCCCCGAGGCCCACCUGGCAUCUCCAUUGGAGCUGAAGAUCUGGGGAGAGGCCUGCCGGGUGAGAUGGGACCCAAAGGCUUCAUCGGAGACCCCGGCAUCCCCGCACUCUACCCGGGCCCACCCGGACUUGACGGAAAACCGGGGCCUCCAGGACCCCCCGGGCUCCCUGGACCACCUGGACCUGAUGGCUUCCUGUUUGGCCUGAAAGGAGCAGAAGGAAGAGUGGGCUUCCCUGGGCUUUCUGGCUCCCCUGGAGCCCGCGGACAGAAGGGACGGAAAGGUGAUGCUGGGGACUGCAGAUGUGUAGAAGGCGACGAAGCUGUCAGAGGUCUUCCGGGACUGCCAGGACCGAAGGGCUUCCCAGGCAUCAACGGGGAGCCAGGGAGGAAAGGGGACAAAGGAGACCCUGGCCAGCAUGGCCUUCCUGGGUUCCCAGGGCUCAAGGGAGUCCCUGGCAAUGUUGGUGCUCCCGGGCCCAAAGGAGCAAAAGGAGAUUCCAGAACAAUCACAGCCAAAGGUGAGCGGGGACAGCCCGGCGUCCCAGGUGUCCCCGGGAUGAAAGGUGACGAUGGCAUCCCAGGCCGCGAGGGGCUCGAUGGAUUCCCCGGCCUCCCAGGCCCUCCCGGCGAUGGCAUCAAAGGCCCUCCAGGGGACCCGGGCUAUCCAGGAAUACCUGGAACGAAGGGUUCUCCAGGAGAAAUGGGUCCCCCAGGACUGGGCCUUCCCGGCCUCAAAGGCCAACGUGGUUUCCCUGGAGACAGCGGCUUACCUGGACCACCCGGCUUCCGAGGCCCCCCCGGCCCCCCAGGGACUCCAGGACAAACAGAUUGUGACCUAGAUGUGAGAAGGCCCAUUGCAGGUGACAGACAGGAGGCCAUCCAGCCAGGUUGCGCAGGAGGGCCCAAGGGAUUGCCAGGCCUACCAGGACCCCCAGGCCCCACAGGUGCCAAAGGCCUCCGAGGAACCCCAGGCUUCUCAGGAGCUGAUGGAGGACCAGGACCCAAAGGCUUGCCAGGAGACCCAGGUCGUGAAGGGUUCCCAGGACCCCCAGGGUUCAUAGGACCCCGAGGAUCCAAAGGUGCAGCGGGCCUCCCUGGCCCAGAUGGACUCCCAGGUCCUGUUGGCCUGCCAGGUCCAGACGGGCCCCCCGGGGACAAGGGCCUUCCUGGAGAAGUUCUGGGAGCCCAGCCUGGACCACGGGGAGAUGCUGGCGUGCCUGGACACCCUGGGCUGAAAGGCCUUCCUGGAGACAGAGGCUCCCCUGGAUUCAGAGGAAGCCAAGGGAUGCCUGGGAUGCCGGGGCUGAAGGGCCAGCUGGGCUUCCCGGGACCUUCCGGCCCGCCAGGCCUGUCUGGGCCUCCAGGACAGCAUGGAUUCCCAGGAGCUCCUGGCCCAGAGGGGCCUUUGGGGCUGCCAGGAACCCUGGGCCUUGAAGGUCUGCCUGGAGAUAGAGGGGAGCCCGGCGACAUAGGCGCUCCUGGCCCUGUGGGCAUGAAAGGUGUCUCUGGUGACAGAGGAGAUGCUGGCUUGGCGGGAGAGCGAGGCCAUCCAGGAAGCCCUGGGUUUAAAGGAAUUGAUGGAAUGCCUGGGGCCCCUGGGCUAAAAGGAGAAAGAGGCUCACCUGGCAUGGAUGGUUUCCAAGGCAUGCCUGGACUCAAAGGGAGACCCGGGUUUCCAGGGAGCAAAGGCGAGGCUGGAUUUUUCGGAAUACCCGGUCUGAAGGGUCUGGCUGGUGAGCCAGGUUUUAAAGGCAGCCGAGGGGACCCUGGGCCCCCAGGACCACCUCCCGUCAUCUUGCCGGGAAUGAAAGACCUCAAAGGAGACAAAGGAGACGUUGGGCCUAUGGGACUGAAAGGUUACCUGGGCGCAAAAGGCAUCCAAGGAAUGCCAGGCAUCCCGGGGCUGUCGGGAAUCCCUGGACUGCCUGGGAGGCCCGGCCACAUCAAAGGAGUCAAGGGAGACAUUGGAGCCCCCGGCAUCCCUGGUUUGCCAGGAUUCCCUGGAGUGGCCGGCCCCCCUGGAAUUAUAGGAUUCCCAGGAUUCACAGGAAUCCGGGGUGACAAAGGUGCCCCAGGGAGAACAGGCCUGUACGGUGAGGUUGGCCGGACCGGCGAUUUCGGUGAUAUCGGGGACACUAUAAAUUUGCCAGGAAGACCAGGCCUGAAGGGGGAGCAGGGCACGGCUGGAAUACCAGGUCUGAAGGGAUUCUUCGGAGAAAAGGGAACAGAAGGUGACAUUGGCUUCCCUGGGAUAACAGGCGUGACUGGAGUCCAAGGCCCUCCGGGACUUAAAGGACAAGCAGGCUUUCCAGGGCUGACGGGGCCACCAGGGCCUCAGGGAGAGCCGGGGCGGAUUGGACUGCCUGGUGGCAAAGGGGAUGAUGGCUGGCCGGGAGCUCCAGGCUUACCAGGUUUCCCUGGACCCCGCGGGAUCAGCGGCUUACACGGCUUGCCAGGCACCAAAGGCUUUCCGGGAUCCCCAGGUGCUGACAUCCACGGAGACCCAGGCUUCCCAGGUCCUCCUGGGGAGAGAGGUGACCGAGGAGAGGCUAACAUCCUGCCAGGCCCUGUGGGAGUCCCAGGACAGAAAGGAGAACAGGGAGCUCCAGGGCAACGAGGCCCACCUGGGAAUCCAGGACUUCAGGGGUUCCCUGGCAUCACGCCCCCUUCCAACAUCUCUGGGGCACCUGGUGACAAAGGGGCGCCAGGGAUAUUUGGCCUGAAAGGUUAUCGGGGCCCACCCGGGCCACCGGGAUCUGCUGCUCUUCCUGGAAGCAAAGGUGACACAGGGAACCCAGGAGCUCCGGGAACCCCAGGGACCAAAGGAUGGGUCGGGGACCCUGGGCCCCAGGGCAGGCCCGGCGUGCUCGGUCUCCCGGGAGAAAAAGGGCCCAGGGGUGAACAAGGCUUCAUGGGGAACCCUGGACCCCCCGGACCUGUGGGUGACAGAGGCCCCAAGGGACCCAAGGGAGACCCAGGAUUCCCUGGUGCCCCCGGCAUCGUGGGAGCCCCCGGGAUUGCAGGAAUCCCCCAGAGGAUUGCUACCCAACCAGGGACAGUAGGUCCCCAGGGGAGGCGAGGCCCUCCUGGGGCACCCGGGGAGAUGGGGCCCCAGGGCCCCCCCGGAGAACCAGGUUUCCGUGGGGCUCCAGGGAAAGCCGGGCCCCAGGGAAGAGGCGGCGUGUCUGCUGUUCCCGGCUUCCGGGGAGAGGAAGGGCCCAUAGGCCACCAGGGGCCGGUUGGCCAAGAAGGAGUGCCAGGCCGUCCAGGGAGCCCAGGCCUGCCCGGCAUGCCAGGCCGCAGCGUCAGCAUCGGCUACCUCCUGGUGAAGCACAGCCAGACGGACCAGGAGCCCAUGUGCCCUGUGGGCAUGAACAAGCUCUGGAGCGGGUACAGCCUGCUGUACUUUGAGGGCCAGGAGAAAGCGCACAACCAGGACCUGGGGCUGGCGGGCUCCUGCCUGGCGAGGUUCAGCACCAUGCCCUUUCUCUACUGCAACCCUGGGGACGUCUGCUACUAUGCCAGCCGGAACGACAAGUCCUACUGGCUCUCCACCACCGCCCCGCUGCCCAUGAUGCCCGUGGCCGAAGACGAGAUCAAGCCCUACAUCAGCCGCUGCUCUGUGUGCGAGGCCCCGGCCGUCGCCAUUGCUGUCCACAGCCAAGAUGUCUCCAUCCCCCACUGCCCAGCUGGGUGGCGGAGUUUGUGGAUCGGAUAUUCCUUCCUCAUGCACACAGCAGCGGGAGAUGAAGGCGGUGGCCAGUCACUGGUGUCACCGGGCAGCUGUCUGGAGGACUUCCGCGCCACGCCAUUCAUCGAGUGCAAUGGAGGCCGCGGCACCUGCCACUACUACGCCAACAAGUACAGCUUCUGGCUGACCACCAUCCCUGAGCAGAGCUUCCAGGGCUCGCCCUCGGCCGACACACUCAAGGCCGGCCUCAUCCGCACGCACAUCAGCCGCUGCCAGGUGUGCAUGAAGAACCUGUGAGCCGGCGUGCCAGCACGGGCCGUAUUGGUGCUUAUUCUUAACUCAUUACCUCAGGUGCCUACCCAAAAAUUGAUUUUAUUUUUUUUUUCUUUAAAAAAAAAGUCUACCAAAGGAAUUUGCACCCAGCACCAGCACUUACAGCUGCCAGCCACUGUCAUCCAGCAGGUGCAGGCACUCGGGAUCUCUGCCCAUAGAAACCCCGGGGCAGCCCUGGCCCCAUCACCCCUGCUAGAUGUCCCUGGAGGCACAGCUAACCACUUCGUGCACACUCAUGUAGCCACUGCACUUUCAAACGCCACAGACAACUCACAUUGUUCAGCUCACCUCCCGGGGUGGUGUGGACAAGACAGUAGCACACAGGCGGCCAGUGUGGCCCCAGGCCCGAGGGCCUCAGGCGCCCGGCCCCACGUGAGGGUCCUGCGGGUGGGCCUGGCCCUGCUUGCUACGCCAACGUUAUGCCAGCUCUGUGUUCUCCCAAAUACGGUUGAUAUGAAUUACCUUAGAGGCAAAACUGCUCUUUAUUUUAAAAAACACGAUGAUCACACUGCAGCCGGUCAGCCUUUUCCACAGCCCUGUAGACCACUGGGGUUGGCAGAACAGGAGGAAGUGGAGACCUUUCUAGGCGUCAUUGUCAGCCCUGCUACUGGAAGGUACACACCAUAGGUCGGAAGUGAUGUCCCCACUGCCCCAUCUUGUCCCUGAGAUUAACCCCUCCACUGCUGAAGGUGAGCUGUGCUCUUCUAACUAUUCCUUCCUCUGUAACAACCACAAAAUAAAACUUGGUCUUGAAUAUUUUUAA